ACACCACUUCACGGGGACACAUUGCCUUCUGUUUUCUCCAGCAUGCGCUCGCUCCAGCUCCUGUUCAGGGCCAGCCCUGCCACCCUGCUCCUGGUUCUCUGCCUGCAUUUGGGGACCAACAAAGCUCAGGAAAACACUCGGAGGAUCAUAAUACAGAAUUUUGAGAUCCCCACAAUAGCAAAUCGAGAUGAGGAAGUCACUGCAAUGCUUCAAGUUCAAACAGAAUUGAAAGAAUGCAUGGUGGCUAAAGCUUACCUCAUUAGUGACGUCCCUGUGGAAGGUGCAUUUAACUACAAGUAUACUCGCUGCCUAUGUGAGGAUUAUCCAAAUACCUACUACUGGGACUUUCAUACGAACAGAACUGUGCGAAUUGCAGCCGUCGUUGAUAUUACUCGGGAAUUAGGCAUCUGCCCUAAUGAUGCUGCUGUAACCCCCAUCAAUAAAAACCGGUUUUAUACUAUUAAAACCCUAGUGGUAGCAUAAUGGAAGUCCAGUCUGUUUGCCACAUCCAGGUGAUUUCCUCUAAGGAAACCUGGCUGGAAUUUCUGUUGUGGUCUAUAAAAUAAACUUCUUAACACGCUUCUCCA